AAUUUAUUAAGUAGAAUGUCAGAGGAUGAAUCUGAUUAAGUUUUUGAAGAAGGACCAUCAAAGAAAUGUAAUUGUAAAAACUCUAAAUGCAUAAAACUCUAUUGUGAAUGUUAUCAAAAUAAAGUAUUUUGUGAUAAUAAUUGUCAUUGUCAUAAUUGCUUUAACAAUUCAUCUAAUGCUGUAUUAUUCAAUUUAUAAAAUAGAAAUAAAGAUAAAAAGCCAUGCAAUCCACAUUAGAAAAAAACCCAAGUGCCUUUUAGCCGAAGAUCACAACUUCUGAUUCAAAACCUGAUCCAUUAAAUUUUGGAAAACAUAACAAAGGUUGUCAAUGCAAAAAGAGUGGUUGCAUGAAAAAAUAUUGUGAAUGCUUCUAAGCUAAAGUGCCUUGUUCAGAUUAAUGUAAAUGCAUCGAAUGUCGAAAUUAUGGAUUCUUAACUAAAGAACAUUUUAUAAGAGCUACUAGAGGUGAUGAAGAUGAUUUUUUAUGUAACAAAAUUAAAGUUAAUUAGAUUAAUUGUUAUUGACAAAGGAUUAAGAUCAUUUAUAAUCAGUGCUUUCAUAUAAAAAACCAUUAUUUGAGCAAAAAGAAAUUGAAGAUGUUAGUAAUUAAAUAAAAAAAAUUAUCUCAUCUAAUGAAACAGGUCCAAUAGAUCCUAUACUUGAUGUUUUUAUUAAAUUACUAAAAAACGCCUCUGAUUGA